AUGAUCCCUAUCGAAGGACCAGGAAGGAGCGCCACUAUUGUUUUUGAUGACAGCGAUGAGUUCUUCGAUAAGUACGGAUCUUACGAAGACUACCUCGAUGCGCAAAUCACCGAAAAAGAUACAUUUUACCUGGGAGGCACCAAACUUGCGCGUCAGCUUGUGGAGCUUGGUUGUAGGAGAGGAGAUGUUAUGUCUCGGGAUGAGUUCAACGAGAAGCGCGAAGCCGCGGAAAGGGAAAAAAGGCGUCAAUUACAAGGCAUGGUUAAGGUGCUUGCCUCUGCGAACAAGGACCUCACUGCCUUCCCCACUCUAAGACACUUGGCAGCUAGGGAGGAGAUGGCCAGGAGUGGAAAGAUCUCUUGUAUCAUCUUCAUCCGCGAUAAGAACUCUAAAGGGCAGGAAAUCAGCGGAUACAUCGACUACGGUCACAGGCUGAGGACGGAUGACUUCGAGGCUUACUUCUCAAGAGAAAAACGUAUACUACCACGGCCCACUGACCUGUGUUUCUACAACUGGGAGACUCAACGAUGUACAGCCAACGAAAGUCCCAAUUUCCAGGUUCUCCCGGACACAAAAAUGGGCCUGUUAUUCAGGAACAAGAGAGAUCGGAAGCUGAUAGAUGUCAAUCCGGAACGUGAUCCUGGAGACAAUUCGGAACGUCACGACGUCACGUGA